GUGGAAUGUUGUCUUUGGAGACGGACUUCUUCAUUAUGAGCGCUUUGUUUUACUAUAUAUCUCUGGAGUUAUACCACAUUUACAAUACCACAUUUUAAUCUGCUUCAGUGUGGCAGUGAUUCUCUUUAGGUUUUAAAAUAACUCUGGCAGCAUGUUGCCUCCUGUGAAGAAGGACAGAAUCAUCACUCACCUCCCAAAGUGUUUUAGUCCAAAUGCAGCUCUGCACACCAAAGACGGCUUCCACCCGCAGGUGAGAGCUGCAUGCCAGGUUCAGAAGACGGAUGGCGUGAGCUUUAAUAUCGCCAAAGUCAUCGUUGUGGGAGACGUUUCUGUUGGGAAAACCUGUUUAAUCAGCAGGUUCUGCAGAGGAGCGUUCGACAGGACCUACAAAGCAACCAUCGGGGUGGACUUUGAGAUGGAGCGCUUCGAGGUGCUUGGCGUUCCCUUCAGUUUGCAGCUGUGGGAUACAGCAGGUCAGGAGCGCUUCAAGUGCAUCGCCUCAACAUAUUACAGAGGAGCGCAAGCCAUCAUGGUGGUGUUUGACUUGAGCAGUGUGAACUCAUUAGCGCAUGCCAGAGAGUGGCUGGAGGAUGCCAUGAAGGAAAACGAUCCGUCCAGUGUUUUACUGUUCCUCGUCGGGACCAAGAAAGACCUGAGCUCUCCUGAUCAGUUGGCUGAGACAGAACAGGAAGCUAUCAGACUAUCAGAGGAAAUCAAAGCAGAGUACUGGGCCGUGUCUGCAAAGUCAGGAGACGGAGUCAGGAAUCUUUUCCUUCGUGUGGCUUCUUUGACUUUUGAGGCGAAUGUUUUGGCUGAGCUUGAGAGGAGUGGGUCGAGACACGUCAAAGACAUAAUCAGAAUCACAGACAGCUCAGAAGCCAAUCAUAAACAAAAGAAGAAGGCCAACUGUUGUUGAGAAAGCCUGAUCUAACUGGUUACUGGAGCCAAACUGGUGUGGAUCCCCUGAGCUGGGCUGCUAGAAGCAGAAUCAGCUAUGCAGGCUCUCUGUAGGAUCCAGGAAACCACUUGAGAAAAUAUUUGUCAUGAUCCAAGUAGUAGCUCCAACAUAAUGCCUCCAAUUGAGCCUGUAAACACGUCUGUUAGCAGAAUGACUCAAGCUGCGUGUUUCUCAGGAAUGUUUAGUGCUGACCAGAUCUGCAACAAGAAAUUCUUUGUCGUAUUCAGGAUUAUAAAGAUAGUUUUCCCAAAACCAUAGCAGCACUUCACAAGAACAUCGUCUGUGUGAACCAACAUUUUAUCCCGUUAGGAAAUGUCUGAAUAUCAUCCUCUGUAUCUUUUCCUCCCUGCUGACUUCUGGUCAUGUGUCUCUGCUCUUGCUAAUGUGAUGCAUACAUCGGAUCAAAUGACCACCGUCAUUCCCAUCAUGCCUCUCUCCGCUCCGACACAAGCGCUCAUAUGAUCUGGGAGCGGAAGGAUUGUUUGGUGGGAGAGUCUCAGAAAGUGGAAAGCUUCAUCUUCAUUAACUAUUCUGCUGGACAUUUAAUCCCAAAAUGAUUCAAACUCCUAGUUGAUUUAGAGGUUGGAAGGCCUCCUUGCCAUUACCCUAAUCUCCAGAGUUUCUCUUUCAGGCUUUGACUGAGCCUCUCCAAUGUUGAUAUUUCUUCCAGGCAGAAUAAACAUUCUGGUAAAAUUAUUAUAUUAACUCGUAAUACACCAGGAGUAUGAAUAAUUUUGGGCUUAACUGGAUAUCUUUGGAGAAAGUAUUGAAAUGUUUUUGUAAUUCAUUGAACACUUAAAAAUGUAAUAAAUCACUUGAUAACAUGAAAUGUCAGAUUUAAAAUUUUAUAGGUCUUUGACAGAAAUGAAGGCAUGGAGAAGUAUAUAAAGGAAUUUAAUAUCUCUUUAUACCAGAGACAUUAAAGGGGAAAAUGUUGUCAUUCCUUCCCCUGCACCUCCCACAAUCAGUCCCUGCAGACUAGCGGCAGCAACAAUGGGUCCGCUCACCUCAUCAUAGGAGCUACUUCUCAAUCCAACGCAGGUAAAAAUAUUGCAAAAGGCUUAAUGGAAAAACAUUGUUGUGUUGGAAAGAGUAAGAUCUUCUUAAAGAGACAGAACCCCAAUUGUAAGUCAAAUUUCUUUGAAGUUACGCUUCAUAAUUGUGCUAAAAAUGAUACUUUGUGCCUGGAAAAUACAUAAAAAAUUUAUUUCAGCUCAUUGGUUUUAGGCUAAGAAUUACUAACGCCAAUAAUAAGUUAAUAUUUGCAAACUCCAAGAAUCAAGUGCCUAUAUUUCCAUUACUAGUUUCAUGAAAGAAUCACCAAAUACUUUACAGUUAAAACGGUUGCACCAAACAUAUUGAUACUUUAAUCCCAUCUCCAUAGGUUCUGUGUUUUUAAUUAGGCAUGAACAAGACAAAGAGUUUACUAUGAACACUUUUAUUAAAGAGAUACCAGGUAGAAAAGGUCAUCAGCAGAAUCAGAGACGACAUUUCUCUACCAGAACCAACAGCUGCUGACAACCAACCAGUCCCUCAGGUUCAGUAUCGUAACCUGGCAACUCAAACCAAGUCUGCUUACUUAAAAACAUUAUU